AGCGGCUGAGUCGGAGGCUCGCUCCUGGGCUCUUUCUUUGUGUGGGCCCGGGAGCGCUGGGGGAAGAACCAGGAGGGCGCGGCGUGAUCCCCUUCCCUGCCCAGAGCUGGAGCUGCCGACACCCUGGGGGCAUGGAGAGCAGAAAACUGAUUUCUGCUACAGACAUUCAAUACUCUGGAAGUCUGCUGAACUCCUUGAAUGAGCAGCGUGGCCAUGGACUCUUUUGUGACGUUACUGUUAUUGUGGAAGACCGAAAAUUCCGGGCCCAUAGGAAUAUUCUUUCAGCUUCGAGCACAUACUUCCAUCAGCUCUUCUCAGUCGCUGGGCAAGUUGUUGAACUGAGCUUUAUAAGAGCAGAGAUUUUUGCAGAAAUUCUGAAUUAUAUCUAUAGUUCUAAAAUUGUCCGUGUUAGAGCAGAUUUACUUGACGAGUUGAUUAAGUCAGGACAAUUACUAGGAGUGAAAUUUAUUGCAGAGCUUGGUGUCCCACUGUCACAGGUUAAAACCAUAUCAGGUACAGAACAAGAUGGUACUGCUGAGACCUUACCUCCUGAUUGUAGUGACAAAAACCUUGACAUCCCAAAAUCAAAGGAUGAAGCCCAAGAUAAUGGGGCUACUGUAAUGCCCAUUAUAACAGAGUCUUUUUCAUUAUCUGCUGAAGAUUAUGAAAUGAAAAAGAUCAUUGUUACUGAUUCAGAUGAUGAUGAUGAUGUCAUUUUCUGCUCUGAGAUUUUGCCUGAAAAGGAGAAUUUGCCAAGUAACAACACAAUGACACAGGUCCAGCCUAACCCAGCCCCUGUUGCUAUUUCAGAAGUGACACCUUGUUCUAGCAAUAACAACCCCCCUUUAAAAGAGAUCGCACCUGCUCAGACGCUUCCCACUCCUGUAAAGCAGGCAACUCUUAGCCAACCACAAGGAAGUGAAGAAUUGCUGGUGUCUUCAGCGUCGACACAUCUGACUCCUAACAUUAUUUUAUUAAAUCAGGCUCCACUUACCACACCACCAAGUGUCAGCUCUUCACUUCCCAAUCACAUGUCCUCUUCAAUCAAUUUGCUUGUACAGAAUCAGCAGACCCCUAUCAACUUACUUGUACAGAAUCAGCAGACACCAAUCAAUUUACUUGUACAGAAUCAGCAGACACCAAACAAUGCUGUUUUAACGGGAAACAAGGCCAAUGAGGAGGAAGAGGAAGAAAUUAUAGAUGAUGAUGAUGACACCAUUAGCUCCAGUCCAGACUCAGCAGUCAGUAAUACAUCUUUGGUCCCACAGGCUGACACCUCCAAAAGUACCACUUUUGAUGGAUCAUUGACACAGAAGGUGCAGACUCCUGUACUUCUUCAAGAGCCACCUUCUAAUUCUUUAAAAAUAUCAGACAUCAUUACUAGAAACACGAAUGAUCCAGGUUUAGGAUCAAAGCAUCUAACGGAAGGUCAGAAGAUCAUUACUUUAGAUACAGCUACUGAAAUUGAAGGCUUAUCAACCGGUUGCAAGGUUUAUGCAAAUAUUGGUGAAGAUACUUACGACAUAGUGAUCCCUGUGAAAGAUGACCCGGAUGAAGGGGAGGCCAAACUUGAGAAUGAGCUACCAAAAACAUCUGGCAGUGAGCCAUCAAACAAGCGCAUGAAAGUAAAACAUGAUGAUCACUAUGAGUUAAUAGUAGAUGGAAGGGUCUAUUAUAUCUGCAUUGUAUGCAAAAGGUCAUAUGUCUGUCUGACCAGCUUGCGAAGACAUUUUAAUAUUCAUUCUUGGGAGAAGAAGUAUCCCUGCCGUUAUUGUGAGAAGGUAUUUCCUCUUGCAGAAUAUCGCACAAAACAUGAAAUUCAUCACACAGGGGAACGACGGUAUCAGUGUUUAGCAUGUGGCAAAUCUUUCAUCAACUAUCAGUUUAUGUCUUCACACAUAAAGUCAGUUCACAGUCAAGAUCCUUCUGGAGACUCAAAGCUUUAUCGCUUACAUCCAUGCAAGUCUUUGCAGAUCAGACAGUAUGCAUAUCUUUCUGACAGAUCAAGUGCUGCGCCUGUCAUGAAGGAUGAUGCGAUUGGGUAUAAGGUUGAUGCCGGGAAAGAGCCUCCGGUAGGAACCACAUCUACUCCUCAAAACAAGCCAAUGAACUGGGAAGAUAUUUUUAUUCAGCAGGAAAAUGAUUCAAUGUUUAAACAAAAUGUAACAGAUGGCAGUACUGAGUUUGAAUUUAUAAUACCAGAAUCUUACUGAACUCCUUUGAAAUAUCAAAGUUUGAAUUGGAUUAAGGGGCAGGGAUUUCAAAAGACCUGUGAAACAAAUUAGGGCAGAAACAUGUUCAUUUGAUCUGCCAUGUCAUCUGAAAGUAGUUUAGUUGCAUUGUUAAUUUUUAGAAACAUUUUUUUUCCUAAAAGUUUGAGUAGAGAUUGAACACCCCCUGAAAUACCUGCAUAGUAUAGCUUUCAGCUCAUUUAAAAGAUGUAACUUUUUAAAGGUACAGAGAGAUAGUUUUCUGAAUAGAAUUUGAAGCAGUCUAAAUUAAAUGUUCUUUGAGAAUUACUGGAGUUACUAAUAUACCCUAGUACAGCUUAUACUGUUCCCCCUUCCAAGUUAGCACUUUACUGCUGAAUUUUCAAUUUUCAUAAUAUUAAGCCUAAGUGUAUUAUGUCUUGUAUACAGCAUAAUAUUUAGUGAACUUCCAGAAUUUGUUCUAGUAAAUUUCAGAGUAAGUCCUAACUUGGUGAUUUGUUCUGUCAGUUCACAAAUGGAGAUCAGCCUCCUGCCUCCCUCCCACUAUGAAAUAGCCAUGCAAACAAGUCGCUCCUAUGAAGGAUGAAUCAGUUCUAGCUAUUCUAGCUAAUUUGUGAUUAAUCACUGCUUUCAUUGCCAUAGUCUGUAAGAGAUUUUGAUGCCAAUGCUACUGUAUGCCUUUUGUUUGUUUGUUUGUUUGUUUGUUUGUUUGUUUGAAACAGGGUUUCUCUGUAUAGCUUUGGAGGCUAUCUUGGAACUUGUUCAGUAGACCAGGCUGACCUCAAACUCACAGAGAUAUGCCUAUCUCUGCCUCCCCAAUCAAUGCCGGGAUUAAAGGCCUGUGCUACUAUCACCCAGCGGCGGCCACUGCAUGCCUUCAAAUUGGCCCUGAGAGGGAGAAAAUGACCUAGCAGGCAUGUUUAUAGUGCAAACAGGAGGUAAUGCAAAGUUCUUUUGUGCUUAUCUUUAAUCUUCUGCUUUUAUAUGGAGAUUUUUGUAAAUUAUGAUUAAAAAAUAUUCCCAUGACAAGUUGUGAAUUUACUUUCUGAAAGCCACCAAAUGCAUCUUUCUGUGUAAAUGUUGAGAUUCCAUAGAUGACACUCAUGUAUUUUUGGUGGGAGGCUACUGGCAUACAUUUUUAAAAGAUCACAUUAGAAUCUCCAGUAGGAAGAAAGUUCAAACUGCUGUAUAUUAUAGCAGAAACUGUAUGUGGAAUACUGCAGGCAUUUUGGUUCCUGUUUAUUUUGACAACAAUAUCACCUUUCUUCCCUUUAAGAUGGCACAUAUAUAAACACUUAGAGGAAUUUAAAAGUUACCAAGAGUAGUAAUAAAAGGAAGUAAGUUGGAACAGAUAUAUAGCUUAGCAUUUAUAACAGAUUUAACACAAUUCUGUAAAAAUUUAACCUAAUUUUUUUUUGCAAUGGGAAAAAGACACUGAAAAUGGUUGAAUUGCAUAGUUAAUAGUCAUUUGUGACUUAUAUAUUUCUUAGUUCAGCAUAGGUAUUUUCAUUCUUAUUAAACUGUCUUUAUCUAUUUCUUGACGUUGAACUUAAAGCUUUAAUCAUAAUUGUUCAUGCAUAGGUCAUUCUUCUGGUGGUAAACUAGGUGUAAAGAUAAAAGUUUAAGUGUUUCUUAAGUUAGUAGCUGAGGGUGUCAGGAAUCAGUAUUUGCAUUAUAGCCCCUGCUUACCGAAUAGUAGUGUGCUGUACAUUUAUGUUUUCUGUUUGGUAAGCUUAGGCCUUCAAACCAUUUUGAUAAACUUACUCUUAGAAAACUGAAAAUCACCUUAUAACUCUAGACUCUGAUCUCUGUGAUCAAAGUGUCUAUUUCCUUUCUCUAUAGAUAGUGAUGUUACUGCUUUUUGAGUAUAGGGUAUGCUCAGAAAUGUCCCCAGUUAAAUUUGAGUUUCAUGAAUACAGUUUCAGCAGUUAGAAUUACUUCUACCCGUGUGAGUGAUAAUGAUGUUGCAGUCUCAACUGCUAGGUAAGUUAGUUUGCUGUGAUAAAACUUGCUCCCUACAAGCCUAUUAUAACAAACUGGGAGUCAUGAAAAACUCCAUUCUGAAUAACAUUGGUAAAAUUAUUUGCCACUGCUGCUGUACUCUGUAAAUUUUGAAUAAGAACUUACAAACUUUCUACUUACUGAACAUAGCUUCUGGAGUUUACAAGGAGGAUGAGAACUAGAAAGUUAAGUUGUAAAUUUGCCAGAAGACUCUUAGAUAUGUUUUAGGGUCUUUUGUGUUUGUUUGUUUGUUUGAUUGAUUGUUUGUUUGUUUUUUAGUAAGUUUUCAUAUCCAAAGUUCAGAGUUUUGUGGGGUCUACAUGCCUCUGACUCCCUAGUGCUGGGAUUAAAGAUAUGUGUCACCACUGCCCAGCUCAAAGUUCAGAGUUUUUUCUGGAAUACCCCUUUGAACAAAAACUCUUUACUCCUAACCAUUAUUGGUUUAGAAACUUUUGGCAAGAUGCCAUUUAAAACCUACUGUGAAGAUUUUUUUUUAAAACUUAGCUUUCUGACUACUGAAUUUCCUAUUUUUUUCAAGUUGGCUUUAAUUUUGUUCAAAUGCUAAAUUCCUUGUAGAUAUUCUGGGUAGUAUCUAUUUGAAAUAGUAUAUUUGUUCAAAGAACAAGCAAACACUUUGAAAUUCGAUAGUAGUUUUGCAAUAUUAACUGAGAUAUGUUGUUAUCAUUGGUGGUCACUAUCCUCAACAGAGUCAUUGAAGAAUUUGUUCUAUUGGACUAAAAGGAAAAUAAAUGAACAUUGAUCUAAGCAUUUAAAAGUGUCAUCAUGGUAUGUGUAUUCUGGGGAAUUAAAUGCAAAUUCAAUAGCACUGGCCUCCUUACCACUGUUAGUCAUAUGAAACCUUGUUCAUUUCCCCCAAUACUGCAAUGUUCAUAUUUGUAUAAUCUUCCUUAUCAUGACUUAAGUUCUGUUUUUUGUUAACCAUACUUGAUAUUAGUUCAUAGAGUUUCUGAUGGUGAAAUAAAGUAUAUUCAUUCAAA